CAAAGGGUUCGCCACACGCGGGCAGCUUUGACAGCGCCAACCGACAAUAACACACCGCGGAGCGUACCCAUUAGCACGUGCGCUCAAUGUGCGAGCCGAUCUGUUGUCGUUCAAAGCAGUGCAGAUUUGUUUUGCUUCGGUAAGUUAAGCCUCCAGCAGCAAAUCGACCGAGAUGACGGACUGCGUAGAGAUCGCGCUGACGAGCGAUACCGCCGCCCAGCACUGGAGCUGCUGCGUCUGGGACGUGCGCACCGGCACGCAGCUGAUGACCUACCGGAACGGUGGGCCGGCCGGGCCGAACACGCUGCACCCGGUCGGCAAUCAGUGCGUGGUGGCCGGCAACCUCACCAAACCGCUGCUCACGUUCUGGCCGAUCAACCGGCAGGAGCCGUCCCACGUGAAGUACAUGCUGCCCGGGCCGCCCGGCGCGGUGGCCGUCUCGCCCGACGGCAACCACUGUCUCGUCGCCCACGCGCACUCCUUCACGCUCUACAGCCUGCCCACCGGGGCCAGCCUGGCGUCGGUCGCGCACCACUACGGCAAGGUGACGGUGCUGCGGUUCACCGACGACGGGUCGCACUUUGUCAGCGCCGGCCAGGACUGCCGGGUGGUGGUGUGGAGUUUGGCCCGCACCGUCCAGCAGAAGGACGCGGGCCGGAUGCUGUACGAGCUGGCCGACUUCACGCUGCCCGUGUCGGACGUGCUGGUGGGGAAGGGCGGCCUGAAGGCGCUGCUGGCCGCCGUCUCGCUCGACCGGUCGGCCAAGCUGUACGAGCUGGGCACCGGGCGGCUCCUGCUAAGCGUCCUCUUUCCCGUCGCCCUGUCCGCGGUCGCACUGAACGCGCUCGAGUCGGAGCUGUUCGUGGGCGACCGGAAGGGUCUGGUGUACGCGUGCAAUCUGCAAUCGGUGCCCCGGUCGCGCGAGGUCCACCUGCAGCAGGACGUGCUGGAGCGGUGCGUGUUCCGGGGGCACCGGAAAGCCAUCACCUGCCUGUCCGUGUCGCUCGACAACGAAACGCUGCUGUCCGGCAGCGAGGACGAGUCCGUGAUCGUGUGGCACGUGCGGACGCGCCAGCAGCUGCGGGUGAUACCGCACCGAGCACCCGUCACCAACGCGUUCUUUCUCGUGACGCCGCGCGCCAUGUUCGAGCAGACGCGCGACCUGCCGGUCCCGUACCCGCCGUUCCAGAAGGUGGUCAGCACGCGGCAGGACCGGCAGCGGGCCGUCUUCCUACUGCCCGCCCAGAAGCGCUCGCUUCGGGAGCGGUCCGAGGAGGGACCGGCGCCGGUGGCCGUUGGCGGCAUCAGCAGCAGCAGCAACAGCAGCAAGGGGACGGAGAUCGAGGUGCUGGAGCAGGAGGUGCAAAGGCUGAAGGCGAUCAAUCGGCGGCUGUACCAGCAGAGCAUCCGCGCGAUCACGAACGAGGCGGAGCUGUCAGUGGAUCACGCCGUACUGCUGGCCGACGAUCACCAGAUCCGGGUAGAUGAAGGAGACGCACUGGACCGCGCCACCGUCCGGGUCGCGGAUCGUCCGGAUCACCUUGCCCGCAUCGCCCGCCACCAUGUUCACGGUGCCGUCCUCGCCCCCGGUCACCAGCAAGUCGACAAACGGUGUCGCGCGCUUUGCAUACCACCAGGGGCAAAAUUAAAUUUAACGUACGCAGCAAGGUAUACGAAGGUCCCAUACCCAAUAAGAACAAUAAGGAAAUUAAGGGCGCAUCUUUCCGGCCGAUCGAGCUACACCGCACCACUCAGUUUGCAUCCGAUCGUGAAGUGGUGCAGUUUAGAAAGCGACAUGAAUCGUUGCUGGCAAUGGUGUGCCGUGUUGGUGCUGGUCUAUGCUGCCCACUGCCAGGGCUACAUCACGACGGGCAUGCCGACGCUGAUUGAGCGGGAUCGGGACCCGGUCGCAUCGUUCCCUUACCCGCUGCGGCAGGCACUGGGGCAGCGUCCGUCGCCCCCACCGUACAACGGUACCGAGCAGGAGCCGGGCGACGAGCUGAAGUUUCCGGCAAACUUUCUGUUCGGUGCCGCCACCGCGGCGUACCAAAUCGAGGGCGCCUGGAACGUGGACGGCAAGGGCCCGAGCGUGUGGGACACGCUGACCCACACCCAUCCGGAGCUGGUAGUGGACGGGGCCACCGGUGACCGGGCGGCUGACUCGUACCGCCUCUACAGAAGCGACGUCGAGGCGCUGGGGAAGGUCGGGUUCAACUACUACCGCUUCUCGAUCGCCUGGUCCCGGCUGCUGCCGCGGGGCGACAAGUCUUCCCUGAACCAGGGUGCGGUCCGCUACUACAACGCGCUAAUCAACGAGCUGCUGGCGCACGGGAUCGAACCGGUCGUGACGAUGCUGCACUACGAUCUGCCCCAGUACCUGCAGAACCUGGGCGGGUUCGCGUCGCCACUGAUCGUGGACUACUUUCGCGAGUACGCCGACACCCUGUACUGGAAUUUCGGUGAUCGGGUGAAGGUUUGGAUCACGCACAACGAACCGUACGACUUUUGCGUGGAGGGAUACGGGACGGGCAGUACCGGGCCGCUCGUGUACGCGACCGGCGUCGGCGAAUAUCUGUGCGCCCAUCACGUGCUGCUGAGCCACGCGGCCGCCUACCAGUUGUACAAGGAGCGGUACCGGUCGCAGCAGGGGGGAAAGAUCGGCAUAACGCUCAGCGGACGUUACUACUAUCCUGCCACUAACGUCACGCCGUACGAUACCGUCGAGCGUGCCCUUCUGUUUCAGAUCGGUUGGUUUGCCGAGCCACUGUUCGGUGAGGACGGCAACUAUCCCGCAGUGAUGGUGGACGAGAUCGGCAACAACAGCGCACUGGAGCGCCGGUCCCAUUCCCGCCUGCCCAGCUUUACCAGCGCGGAGCGGCUGCUUGUCCGGGGCAGUGCGGACUUCUUCGCCUACAACUACUACUCCAGCCGGCUGGUCGACCUGGACCGGACAGAGUACAACACGGCGGAGCCGCCGGCCUGGCGCCGGGACGCGCGCAUCCUGCAGUCGGUCGACCCGGGCUGGAGCCGGGCCAAGUCCACCUGGCUGUACGUGGUGCCGGAGGGCCUGCGGGGCGUACUGAACUGGUUCCGGCGGCGCUACCGCAACCCGACCGUGCUCAUCACCGAGAACGGCUACUCGGACGACGGCCAGCUGGACGAUGCGGCGCGCAUCGACUACUACGCCCGGCACCUGAACGCGCUGCUAACGGCGAUCGUGGUGGACGGGUGCAAUGUGGCCGGCUUCACCGCCUGGAGCAUCGUCGACAACUUUGAAUGGUUGCGCGGGUACAGCGAAAAGUUUGGCCUGUUCUACGUCAACUUCAGCGAUCCGCAGCUCCAGCGGGUGCCGAAAGCUUCGGCCGACUUUAUGCGGCGUGUCAUCAGCACCCGCACCAUUCCAGCGCACUAGCCAAAGGACGGAAGUAGUCUAACGGUUGGGCAAAUAAUUUGAAUAAUUAAGCAUGCCUUCAAUUUGGUGCUGCCGAUGGUACGGCACAAUACGCAAAUCAGUUAACUUUUUAGUAGAAUUGGGAAGGUUAAUAGAUAAUUGAGAUCGAAAUGUCCUCAAACAAACCCUCUCUACACAAGUAAAAUCUCGCAUAUAGAGCAAUAUCAUUUGUGUUUCUGAUACAUUUUCUGCAGCAGCGAAAUUAAGUGCACAAUUGUUAUCAUUGGGCAUUUCCUCAAACAUCGCACUUUCAAACAAAAGGUUUGAUACUAAAAAUCGUUUAAUGUGAAACUAUUGCAAGGAGGAAAAGUUGCGUAAAACGUAAACACAAGUGCCUGUUAUGUUAAAGAGUGUUUCCUAAAUUUAAUCAAUGCAUUUUCUGCCAAUUUAUGUCCCUUGGAGAAGCAUUAAAGUGACAUUUCGGUUAUAAACUUUAUAGUCACAGAUAUUCGACAUGCGACUAUUUCGACUUGCGCCUUGCUUAGGGACAUUUUUUCGGUCCCAGAUACAGUCGUAUCUCGAGGGACACACCUGUACAUCAAUAUUCCAAUCAUUUGAAAUCUCAUUUGAACAUAUACAACAACAACCAGUUGAUAUUCCAAUAAGAUAACGCUUCCGUACAUAUCCAAGGACAAACAAUAUCCUACAAACAAAGGAUAUCCUGGAAAGAAUGCAAAUCAAUACUAUGACUUGGGCAGCCGUUUCUUCUGAUCUAAAUCCCAUUGAGAACGUCUGGGGCAUGAUAGUUCGAAAAGUAUAUGAAGAUGGGAAACAGUAUGAGACCGUAAAGCAUCUGGAAAUAGCGACUAGAACUAUGUCUGUUCAGUCUUUGAUAAAACUUACUUAAAGUAUGCCAAACGGAUUUUACAGAUGAUUAGCCGUAACGGAAGAUCAACUAAUUAAUAGAUUUAAAAAAAUACU